AUGAUUGCUGCACCUAUUAUUGUGGCAUAUUUCGCUGCAUGGUCGAUUUAUUCUCGAUCAUAUUUUAUUGCCGAUAUUCCGGGAGAUAAAAUCACUCACAUCAAUUAUGCAUUUGCCGAUAUUGGUUCAGAUGGUCAACUGGUAUUGGGUGAUUCAUGGGCUGAUGUAGAAAAAGCUUUUCCAGGUGAUACAUGGGAUCAACCAUUACGUGGAAAUUUUAAUCAAUUACUUAAACUUAAACAAAGAUAUCCACAUCUUCGAACAUUAAUUUCUGUUGGUGGAUGGACAUGGUCCGGUAGAUUUUCUGAUGUCGCUCUAACGGCUGCAAGUCGUUCUAAAUUUGCUCAAUCUUGUGUUGAAUUUGUUCGACAAUAUGGUUUUGAUGGAGUUGAUCUUGAUUGGGAAUAUCCUGUCUCUGGCGGUCUUCCUGGAAAUACUGUCCGACCAGAAGAUAAACAAAAUUAUGUACUUUUACUUCAAGAAAUUCGUCAACAACUCGAUAAUGUCGGUAUGGUCGAUGGUAAAAGAUAUUUGCUGACUGUGGCAACUGGUGCAGGUACUGAACGAAUUGCUGAUAUGAAUUUACCUGGUAUGUCUACCUAUCUUGAUUGGAUUAAUGUUAUGACGUACGAUUUUCAUGGUGGUUGGGAAGCAAAAACGGGUCAUAAUGCUCCUUUGUAUAAGAACGAUGCAGAAACAGCUAGUGAUGUUGCUCCAUCAUACAUCAAAUCAAGAUACAAUUGUCAUGCAUCUAUUCAAGGUUAUAUUGCUGCUGGUGUUCCUCGCUCGAAACUAAUUAUGGGUUUAGGUUUAUAUGGACGUGGUUGGCAAGGAGUUACUAGUACGGCUCAAAAUGGAUUUUCCCAAUCUGCUUCAAGUCAACUUCCAAUGGGUACAUGGGAAAAUGGUAUAUUUGAUUAUGAUCAUUUAAAAAGAAGUUAUUUACCUACAUAUACACGUUAUUGGGAUGAUGCAUCUAAAGUACCAUUUCUUUUCAAUCCAUCAACAGGUAUUUGGAUAAGUUAUGAUGAUCUUGAAUCGAUUUCACUCAAAAAUGAUUAUAUCAAGCGAGAACAAUUGGGUGGUGCAAUGUUUUGGGAAUUAAGUGGUGAUCGUAAUGCAGAACUUGUUGGUGCUACAUUUUCAGCAUUAACCAAUGGUCAAACACCACCACCAGGAACAAAUCCACCUACUGUACCUACUCCUGUUACUACUCAAACAAAUGAACCUGGUUCUACUGCUUCUGUAUCUACGACUCAAGCACCUAGUGGAGAUGCACUUCCAUGGCAAGCUGAUAAAUUAUAUAAUGUAGGUGAUCGAGUUACAUAUGAGGGUAAAACAUAUCGAUGUCUUCAAACACACGCAUCAAUACCUGGUUGGACACCAACUGUUGUUCCUGCACUUUGGCAACUUGUUUAA